AUGAGCAGAUAUGCCGAUGGCGGAGGAGCACAUUUCCGCCUCGUAAGUUCACGGUCACCUAAAUCUCGACUGAGCAAGGAAAGAACCCGUGAACGUAAAAAACAGUUUGGAUGUAGUAACAACUCAACCGCUGCAAUUUGGAGACUCAAGAAUAAACUCCUUAAGGCCAGGAGUCGCCGCUCCAAAAUGGCCACUGUAGGGGAGCAGACACCUGUAGUUAGUAACCACACAAAGGACAAGGCUACCAAAGCUAAGGUUACACUUGAAAACUACUACUCCAACCUCCUCUCACAGAAUGAGGAGAGAGAAAACAGGUAUCGACUCCUUGAACAAUCCAUGGAAAAGGAGGGACUAUCUGAUGAACAGAAAAAUGAACGGCGACAACAACAUGCUACAAAAGAGACAGAGUUUUUGCGACUAAAACGAUCUCGUCUAGAUAUAGAUGACUUUUCUCCAAUUAAAGUAAUAGGACGAGGUGCCUUUGGUGAGGUGCGACUAGUACAGAAAAAGGAUACAGGACAUGUGUAUGCUAUGAAAAUUCUUCGAAAGCAGGAUAUGUUAGAUAAAGACCAGGUGGCCCAUGUACGAGCCGAGAGGGACGUUCUGGUUGAAGCAGAUCAUCAAUGGGUUGUGAAAAUGUAUUACUCUUUCCAAGAUGCACAAAACUUAUACCUCAUAAUGGAGUUUCUGCCUGGAGGAGAUAUGAUGACACUGCUGAUGAAGAAGGACACACUAACAGAGGAACAGACACAGUUCUAUGUGUCAGAAACCGUGUUGUCCAUCGAUUCCAUCCACAAACUGGGCUUCAUUCACCGGGACAUUAAACCAGACAAUUUACUAUUAGAUGCCAAGGGACAUAUCAAAUUAUCCGACUUUGGUCUAUGUACAGGCCGCAAAAAAUCCCAUAGAACAGAUUACUACAAAGACCUGUCCCAAGCCAAGGCAGGUGACUUCUGUGAUUACAACAAAAGUUCCAACCCUAUGGAUUCCAAGAGGAGGGCCGAGAGUUGGAAAAGAAAUCGACGAGCACUGGCGUAUUCCACGGUUGGCACCCCGGACUACAUCGCCCCAGAAGUAUUUCUCCAGACAGGUUAUACAAGCAGCUGUGAUUGGUGGUCGCUAGGAGUCAUUAUGUAUGAGAUGAUGAUAGGGUAUCCACCAUUUUGUUCCGAGAAUCCACAAGAGACGUACAAGAAAGUGAUGAAUUGGCGAGACACUUUAAUCUUCCCGCCUGAGAUGCCUAUAUCAAAUGAGGCUAGGGAUUUAAUUAAAAAGUUUUGCUGUGAUCCUGAACACAGACUAGGUGCUAACGGGAUAGAGGAAAUUAAGUCAGAUAUAUUCUUCAAAGGAGUAGACUGGGAACAUAUCAGAGAGCGGCCUGCCGCCAUUCCAGUGGAGGUAAAGAGUAUAGAUGAUACCUCAAACUUCGAUGAUUUUCCUGAAAUUGAUCUCAAGUGGCCAACAUACCCAGACCCACAAGGCCAGGAACCCCAGGACAAAGAUUCCAAGUACAAGGACUGGGUGUUUAUCAAUUACACAUACAAACGCUUCGAGGGACUCACACAACGGGGGAAUCCUUUCCCUAAAAGCUAGUUAGAGUGUCACAACAAAUACUGGUGAAUUAUGACACCCGGUUCACACCUACACACACACAUGUCUGGAAGUAUCAGAGACAAUUUUGUUGUACCGACACCGUCACCACUGCAUUGAAUUGUAAUCAGCUGUCAUAUGGAUAGUUUCAGUGAUGUCCAGUUAGAAAUGUUCACAGAAUAUGAUGACAGCAAAAUGUUGUUUUGAAAAGAAACCCAAAAAAUAGAAUUGUUAUUGAAAAAGGAACACAAAAGACAGUGUUUGUGGUAAUUGUAUUUGUUAAAGUAGAUUAGAACCUGGAGUAGCACUGUCAACAAUCGACAACAAAUGUACAGACGAAUUUGUAUGUCUGAAACCAAAACAUGAAUUUUAUCGAUCUGUCAUUGGCAAUAGCAAGUUUUUUGCACAUUUUCCUUACCUUGUUUUAUCCCUUUCAUUCUAUCGUCAUGGUGACAUGUUUUACGGAAAGUCCUAAUACUUAGGCUACAUUGACCAGGAUAGAAAUCGUGGGUAAUGUCGCAACAAUUUCAACUGAACGAAAGGGAUGGAAUAACAUUUCUUUUUCUAUCAGUAAUUAUUACAUAGGAUUUGUGGUAUCAACCAAAAGUCGAAUGUUGUAAUGUUUACAGUUAAGACAUCGACACAACAGUAAAUUUCAAAGUCUGUAGUUAGCUACUUGUUACCAGAAAUGAAAGGGAUUUGAAGUUGUAAAUUGUUGAAAAAUGAAAUGGAUGUGAAACUUUUGACAACACGAAAUUGUAAAAACAAAAACACAUAUUGCUUCUGCAAAUUAGAAAUGCUGUAUUGUUCUAUACAGGCUAGACUGAAAACAUGUAAGAAUAUUCUACAUUGUUGCCCAAAUCAAUUUUCACAAAAAAAUCAGAAUUUUCAGCAAGGAUCUCACUAAACUCUUAGAGAUAUACUGUUGUGUGGAUGUUAACUUGCCAAAGAGUUUGUUGUAGUGUUUCCCUUUUAAACUCAAGUUUCAUUUACCACAAACUGGAAGUGAGGCAAGGAUGAGAGUGAAUGGUCUCAGGGGAGAUAACUCUAAUGGAAUUCAGGAUUUCGGAGAGUUUUAAUAUAUUAUACUAUUUUGAUUGUAAACAUCCCCAUGUCUUUGAUGCAUCGUAUGCAAACAUUAUUCAUCUCAUAUGUGAUGACUGUGGCAAGAUAUUGUCACAGACUUGUGUUUCUUUUUGCGGCUGUUUCUUUACCUCAAUCAAAAUUUGUUUCUUCAGAUAAUUAUUUCUUAGAUUUGAUAUUUCUGAAUUUUCACUCCAAUUUGUUGUUGUUCUUACUUCAUAAAUUACAGUAAAAUGAGGAGAAAGGUGAUUAAAGAAAGUGAAUUUUUUAAAAAAAUAAUCUGAAAAAAAGGAAAUAAAUAAAUGAAAUGUUUUGAGAGUACGUGUUUAAAUUGCUAAAUUUAUCAUAAGAAUGAUUAAUUUAUUAAGAAAUUUUUUUGUUGAGGUAGAGAAUGCUGGAGAAGGAUGUCAUUUCCUGAUAAUGCUCUUAUACAAGAGACUUAUAUGUUAUUGUGAAUAUGCACAUUCCAUUUAAUCCUGAGAAUGUUUUUAUUGUUAUGAGGAUAAGGUACACGAUAGUAGGUAAACCACGUUUAUUUUUUGCCUUAUUUAAAAAUAAAACACUGCUGCGUUGGUUUCAAGACCCUUGUGUAGAAUCCUGUUGCACGUGCGAUGGUCAAUGAUCCCAAUAAUACACACGUUGAUUUAUGGCUGGUGGAGAGAGGAACGCGUUGGUAAAUUGUGCUGCUGUUAUAUUUGAUGUGUGUGUGAUUUUUUGGCAUUUCUUGUGUGACUGUUAAAGUAGAUUUAUCAAACUUGGGCAAAGUUUUCUGUUUGCUUGUAGAUUGUUUUUAGUUAUAAGAGAUUAUAAACGUUUGUAUCAAUAAAUAUUACCUUCCAAAGUUGAUCAGCAAUUGAAAUACAUAUUGUGCUGUGUUUAAUAUCACAGGAGUGUAAUAUACCUGCAGUCUGUUAAACAUGGGUGUCAUCCAUUCACAUUUAAUUUAUUUUGCAAUUAUUGUUAAUAUGGAACAAAAGGAAUAAUCUGUUACUGAAUGCUGUAUUUUCCAAAGAAUUUAAAAAUUUUAAUGUGCCAAUUUUCUUUUUCACUGUUCUUUUCUUCAAUGCUAUUUUAUGAAUGUCACACUUUGAUUCCGCAAUCAGUUGUAAAGCUUAAUGGUAUGAAUGUAGUUUGUGAAAAAGUAAAUUACAAUUUGGUGGGGUUUAAUAAACUUGCAUAAAGUCAUUGGGAAAAGCAACUAAUAAGACUAUGUUCUGUAACAUGUAUUUACAUGGAUGUUAAUUUCCAGUGACGAAUCAUUUGAAAAUUUAUCAAGAUGUGUAAAGAAGAAAUUAUUGUACUUGACACAAGUCAAUUCCCCUAAAAUUGAUUCUGGAAAUGGACGAUUAUUGAAAAGUUAUAAAACAAAAUGAAGCAGUAUAGAUAUAGAUGUUUGAGAAAGUUUGUUAACAGGGAAUUCAAAGUCUGUAGUAAACACCUUUUGUUUUAGAAGGCAUGACAAUUUCGUAAUGUGCAGAACGAGUGAUUGCUUCUGCAGAGAAGUUGUAUUGCUAAUUUUUGGCUAAGGAUUCUUUAAGCCUUUUAAAGUACUUCUACAGUUUAGUGUACAAAAUCUUAUUUAGAAGUGAGUUGUGUCUGUUUUUAUAUACUUAAUUUACAUUGGUUUCUAUCUUGGCUAAAGGUGUAAAAAUUUAAGUGGCUUCCUUGAUGAAGGGCAGACUUUAAGGAGAUAUUUACUUUCACAUGGGAAGAACUGAUAUUCAGUUUUCAUAGAAAGACAGAAAUUUGAUUAAGAAUGAGACAAAUAAAACGAGUAAUCUUGAUUAGAAUUCAGACCAAAAGCAAUCUGGUUUCAGUAUACUUAUAAACUCUAAAACAAUACUGACGUGAUUGAAACCUAACUGUGAUUAAACUUGAAAUGUCAGGGAGACAAGUAUGUAAGUUAGGAAUUUUAAAUGUUUUGGUAGUAAACACUGGUAAAGGAAGCACUUUAUUUUCCAAGUUUUUUUGUGCUUGUAUGUGUGAUAGUUGACAAACUAUUAUCAUUUUCCGUGUGAUAGACAUUGAGUAAUUUAAGGCGUUUUUAUUAUCAUCAUUGCACAUCUUAUUAUAUUAUCGUUAUUAUUAUUAACAAACGUUAUUAUUUAAAGCAUAUUAAUAAGAUGUAUUUACAAAUGCAGUCGAAUGCAUCAUGUAUGACACAAAUAUUUGUAAUGUUUCUCCCCUAGUGUCUGCCUCGAACCACAAAUUGUACUGUAAUCUUAAUCUAUGUAAACUUGACUCGUCUUUUCUGCCCAAACUCUAUAAACAAUUCAUUGGAUAUGAAUAAGGCUGUUGCUUCUGGUAUUACAAUACUAAUUAUUGGCAGCCUUGCUCAAGCCCCAAAUUUUAAUGUUGGAGGGUCAGUCAAUUCAGGUUGAAUCUUUCUCUAAAACUAAAAGUGAUACACUGGUGAUUCCUGCAAGUGUGGGGUGGAUUGUGGAUGUUAAGCAACUUUGCUCAGACUUCAGUUUUAUGUUGGUUUCCAGUAUAUUCUAUAGGCAGUACUUCCCUUGUGUAUGCUUGGAAUUCUGGGAAGAUUUGUAUAUGGUGCCAACUUGACAGUGACCAUUUUUUUGAUCCUGGGUUUUACUGUGUACUUCAUUGCUGAAAACUGGUAGAAAGUACAAAACUUUCUUUUCUUCUUUUUUCAGUUAAAGUGUUUUAUUGAUAAAUGGAUUUCCUUUAAAAGACUUUAAUUAAAACAUAGAGAAAAGCAUGUUUUAGAGAAGACUGAGACUGGCAUCUAACUACAAGAUUCGCUAUGUUGGAAGUUAGUAUGAUCUUAGAAGAUCACUGGUUAGUUAAAUCAAUCAGCUUGCUUGUAAUAAAUUUAUAUAGGAUGUGUAAUAGAUGGGGAUGAUAGUUGUUUGAUCUCAUACAGUUUUUGUUGCACUUUGCAUCUCCUCGUAGUCAGUGAUUAGUUGUCAUGGAUACCAAUUGUAUGCGACCUUCCUCUCAUAAUCAAAAUACUAGCUCGUGGGCACAGACUACUACAAGUCUGUCACACACAAUAUUGCAUAUAUUCUGCAAUAAUGCAUGCAUUUACAAGUCGGUGUGAUUCCACUUUUGUUGUUUUUCUUUGUUGGUUUUCUUUUUCUUUUUUUAAUUUAUUUGUCAGUUAUGGAAAAACAAUUAAAAUGUUUUUAAUUCAUUCAUUCAUCCAUUUAUUCAUUUAUUCAUCUGUUUGUUUUUCAAGUGCUUUUUUGUUUACCAUAGUUUUAGUGAUGCUUGUCUAAAGAUGUAUGAUUUUCUGUGAAUAUUGAACUGGAAAUGAUAAUUAUAUGUGUAUUUACAAAUUGCAAGAAAAAAUUCUCUCCUUUACCUAAUUUAUGGAUUAGAAUCACAAAUCUGUUUUAAGUGAAACUGGAUUAUCAAUACAUUAUGACCUUUGAAUGCAAAAAAAAAAAAAAAAAAAAUGAACUAAAAUAAGAAACUAGAAGCAGGAAUUGAGGAUGAUAAAAUUUUAUUCAAUCAAACAUUGAAGAUUAAAAUUAGCUUAAUUUCCUUCAAAAUCAUUUUAAAACUUUUUGAAUUUUAAUUUUCAUGUUUUCCAUACUGGCUACUAAUUCAUGUGAUGUAGCAAAGACAAGCUGUAGCGGUUUAUAUAUAUAUAAGGCAUUUGUGUACUUAAAUCAGAUUGUACACCUGUUUCCUUUUGAAUACCAGGUAUUCCAAAUAAAUUGUCAUUCCAAUAUGUCAACUUGUUACAAAUCAUCAUAUGGUGACCAAAUGAAGGGUCCUCCACUGUUGUAUAACCUGUACAAAACUCAACAUGUUGUUGAACCAUUUUAAUCUUAAACUUAUAACAUUUUGUAAACAUGGAUAUUUUACUUGAAAACAAAAUACACUGUAUACAUAUAGCCUUGUAAAUUAUCAAUGUGUAUAUUUACCUGAAGGUAAAUGAUAUGUUUUAAUUUCUGCAAAAAUGGGUGAAGCUUGAAAAGUUUUUUCCCCAUUUGCAAAUUAUGUAGUCUGAAGGCUGCUAACAUAGCAAUUAAUAUUUGCUUCAGGUCAAUAACUGGUUAAAUUUUGCAUCAAUUUUUGCUUCAGCUGUUAAAAUCUGUGAAUCGUAUUUUGAAGAACGCAGUUAUUUUCCUUUAUAAAAGCUUGUUGUUGAUACAAAUGAUUACCAAUAUUUCCUGGCUACUGAAGUAGGAAAUUAUCAAUGUUUACAAUAAGUCAAUAUCCCAAGCCAGACAUAGUUCAAACUCUGUAACUGUUCAUGAUACACUUUACCAGGAUUUUUUUUAGAAAAUGAUCAAGUCUGUUCAUUUAAGCCUCUGAUGAGUAUGGUUUUCAUAUUUUAGUGUUUUUAACACUUGUUUGAUCAUUUUGUGUUCAUUCGUUCGCCUUAUUUGCCAUCUGUGAGUCGCCCAUGCCUGACACCAAUACAUUACGUGGUUCAUUGAGCAGUUUCUUGGCUCUAAUUGCUUCACUGAUUCAGACCAUGUGUCCUUAUACUGUGAUAUGUAGAUAAUCGUAAUCUGUGUCCAAAUGGGUGAAUGUAACAAAAAUAAAAAUUAACUGAAUUUUA